UUUAAAUGUUACAAACGUUGUUGAUGUUUGACGUGGUACGCUUGUUCAAAUGAUCCAACUUCAUCUCAAGUUGCCACUAUGAUCGUAUGCAAAAUGGAAAUACAUUCUGGAUAAUCUUAAAGAUGAGUGAAAAUGCAAGCUACGGAACGUUACAAAAUGAUUCCUCUUUGAUAAAGGGAGAUAAAUCAGGAGGGGGACAUGGAGAUGGGAAACUGAGUGGGAAAGCAUGGGGGCGUGUCAAGAAUAUAAUGACUCGCUCCCAGAAAUAUCCCAACAGUGUGUUCUUCAUCCUGGGAAAUGAAUUUUGUGAGAGGUUUUCUUAUUAUGGCAUGAGAGCUGUUUUGAUCCUGUACCUCACUAACUGGCUGGGAUUCAGUGAAGAUGUGGGGACCUCCAUCUUCCAUUCUUUUGUCAUGCUAUGUUACUUCUCUCCACUUUUUGGUGCUAUCUUGGCCGACGGAUACAUUGGAAGAUACAAGACUAUACUGAUUGUGUCUCUGGUGUACGCCACUGGUAACCUUGUCAUGGCCCUCACCGCUCUCCCUCCUCCUGAAUGGUAUGGUCCAGCUAUUGGUCUGAUUCUCAUUGGUCUUGGUACAGGUGGAAUUAAACCAAAUGUUUCAUCAUUCGGAGCUGAUCAGUUUAGGGCAGACCAGGAAAAAGAGAGAUACACUUUCUUUUCUGCUUUCUACUUUUCAAUAAACCUGGGAAGUAUGCUGUCCAUUGUCUUGACUCCAAUAUUGAGAGCUGAUGUUAAGUGCUUUGGCAAUGAAUGUUAUCCUUUAGCCUUUGGAAUUCCAGCAGCUUUAAUGAUUUUAGCCACAAUCAUUUUUAUCGCUGGAAGCAGUUUAUACAAGAAGGUUCCGCCAUCAGGAAAUCUGAUAGGACGAGUUUUUAAAUGUAUAGGGUAUGGAUUGUGUGGGAAAAUAAGGAAUUGUGGUGGCCCUAAUAAAAAGGAACACUGGCUGUACUAUGCAGACAGCAAGUUUGAGUGUGAGUUUAUCAGAGAGGUACAAAUUUUACUGAAGGUGCUAUUUAUGUUUAUUCCGGCUCCACUUUUCUGGGCGCUGUCUGAUCAACAGGGAUCUCGCUGGACACUUCAAGCUGAAAAACUCAAUGGAGACUUAGGUGUCUUUGGGACCCUGAAGCCUGAUCAGAUGUCAGCUCUAAAUCCAUUCCUGAUAUUACUCCUCAUUCCAAUCUUUGAAAAAUUGGUUUAUCCAUGUUGUGAAAAGUGCCACUUUCUUACAAGACCACUACAAAGAAUGUCGGCAGGCAUGGUGCUAACUGUGAUAUCCUUCAUUAUGGCAGGACUUCUUCAAAUCAAAAUAGAGGCAAGUUUAGAAUCUCCAUUAAAAAGUACAGAGUCUGGGGUGUCCUUCUACAAUGCCCUACACUGUGAUAUUAAUGUCAAGAUGGGAGAACUCAGCUAUAAAAUACCACCCUACCAGAAGAGUGAUUACAAGGUGAUAACUGCUGGUAAAUAUAAAGUAGACGUGAAAUCGUGUCUUCCUUCCCUGUCUCGUGAAGUGUCUCUGGAAUCCCUACAUAACAUUAGGAUAUUUGUUUGGUCUAAAGACAGCAAUACAACUGAUUUUAAGAUUGUGGAAGAUUUGCAUUCACAUCCAUCAGAAGGGAACUCAAAGCUAAGUGUAUUCAAUGAUGCUUGGCCUGGUGCUCAGAUAGUUGUUGUCCUCUCAAGCCAUCAGGGAAAUAUUUCCAAUCAGUCCGGUGUUCUGUAUCCUUCUUCAGAGCAGGAAAGUCUUCCAUUCCAUACAGUGGCACCUGGAAAGUACAACAUAUACUGGCAGAGCUCUGCUGAUGGGAAUUGGACCAAGUUGAACACUUCCAUCACAAUAGGACAAGGGGCUGUGUAUAAUUUAUUGAUCGCCAGAAAUAAAACAAAGGUUGUGACCCGUCUCUUGACCAGUGUUGAGGUGAACAGUGUCUCUAUCCUGUGGAUGGUACCUCAGUAUUUUGUAGUGACUGUUGGAGAGGUCCUCUUUUCCAUCACAGGCCUUGCUUUUGCAUACUCUCAGGCUCCUAUCACAAUGAAGUCAGUGGUUCAGGCAGCAUGGUUGAUGACUACAGCAGUGGGAAGUUUGGUGGUUGUUAUUGUAGCUCAGGUUCAAUACUUUACAUCACAAGUAGCUGAGUUUAUGUUCUUUGCUGCUCUGAUGGCCCUGGCCACCAUUAUGUUUAUGGUCAUGUCCUGUUUUUACACGUACUACAAUACCAGUGGUCAGGGGAAUGGCCUGGGGGAUAAAGAAGAAUUAAUCAUCGAGGAGGAAAACGAAGACAUUCCACUGAAGGAUUCUAAUCAUCCUAAAAAUAACCCUGCUUCAGAUUCUACACUAGUAAUAUCUGAUCUACUCAACUGUCCAUUGAUGUUAUUGCUAAACGUAAAAGUGAAUGUGUUUAUAUAUGUUAGUCCUCAACUUAUUAUAGUGGAGAAUAUAUAUACAUGUAUGUUAUAUAAAUGUGACAUUGUCCUCCAUGUUUUCUUUUCUGUUUAUAUUGUUAUACAAAUAUUUUUUUUAAAUAGAAUUUUCAAUAAGGAUUUACAUUUCUAUGUUCAUGUAUCUGAUAGUAGAAAAAUCAAAUUACAUUUGCACAUAGGAGGCUUCACUGGCACAUAUCAUAGUUUCACAAUGGUGCAAUAAACAAUACACAAAUAUGCCAAAAAAAUAUUUGCAUAUUUUUUAAACUUUUUAUUUUUAAAGUUUUAUAAUAAAGGUUAAAAUGAGUUAACAUUUAUCUGUGUAGGUAAAAUUCUUAGAAUGU